AUGGCAAUAGCUGAGAAAGUCCAGAAACACCCAAAACGCCUGAAACACCAAAAUCGCGCGCCCGAAACACCAGAAACUCCUCAAACACCAAAAACGCCUAAAACACCAAAAUCGCCAAAAACACCUCAAACACCCAAAACACCAAAAACGCAUAAAACGCCUGAAACUCUUGAAACGCCUAAAACACCAAAAUCGCCCAAAACUCCACCCCCACCACCUCUAAUAUAUUCUUCUCCACCCCUUCCAUCGCCUGCUUCAACUCCAACACCUCCAAGUACUUCAACUCCACCCUCGUCGACUCCCCCACCAUUGUCACCAUCACCACCUUCACCAACACCUCCUACUCCAACUACUUCCACUCCACCUCCCUCCACUCCAAAUCCUCCAACUCCAUCUUCACCUUCUCCAACACCUCCUACUCCAUCUCCAUCUACUCCUACUACAACUCCUCCCUAUUCCUCUCCUCCUCCUCCACCACAUCAUACCCCAUCACCACCUACUUCUUCCUCUCCUCCUCCCUCACCUCCUUCUACCUCUCCAAAGACUGUCAGAUGCAAGAACAAGAAUUACCCUCAGUGCUACGAUAUGGAGCAAGUGUGUCCCAGCUCAUGCCCAGGUGGAUGUGAGGUUGAUUGUGUCACUUGCAAACCUCUUUGCAGGUGUGAUAGGCCAGGAGCAGUUUGCCAAGAUCCUCGUUUCAUAGGCGGCGAUGGCAUCACCUUCUACUUCCAUGGCAAGAAACAUCGCAACUUUUGCCUUGUAUCCGACACCAACCUCCAUAUCAACGCCCACUUCAUCGGCAGGCGAAACCAGAACAUGAAGAGGGACUUCACUUGGGUCCAGUCAAUUGGAAUCCUCUUCAGCAAACACCAACUUCUUGCCGGUGCACAGAAAACCACCACAUGGGACGACUCCGUUGACCGCCUCGCCCUCUCCUUUGAUGGUGAGCCUAUCGUCCUCCCGGAAUCCGAAGCUGCAAGGUGGCAGUCCUCAAGCUCUCCAAGUGUGGUCAUCAUCAGGCUUGCUGACACAAACAGUGUCAUGGUUGAAGUUGAAGGACGCUUGAGGAUCACAACCAAGGUUGUGCCUAUAACCGAACAAGAUUCUAGGAUUCACAACUAUGGUAUAACGAGAAGGGGCUCAUUCGCUCACCUCGACCUUGGAUUCAAGUUCUUCUCCUUGAGCAACGAAGCCAGCAGUGUGUUGGGACAAACAUAUAGACCGGACUACAUGAGUCGUGUAAAUGUUCGGGCAAAUCUGCCGGUAAUGGGAGGGGACAAGGAUUUCGAAACAUCAAGCCUGUUUGCCGCCGACUGCGCUGUUGCUUGGUUUGGCGGGUUGGAUCAUGGCGGAGCAUCUAUGGAGGGUAUGGAGUUGAGCUGCGCUAGUGGUAUGGAGGGGCAAGGAGUUGUAUGCAAGAGAUAG